AUGCGCCUAGCGGAAAAUUUGAACAGUGAGGCCGCUCUUGGUACUGUAGGAGAUGUGGCACAAUGUGUACAAUGGCUUCACUCUACAUUCCUCUACGUUAGAGCGGCUAAAGACCCAAAAAGAUACUUAGGUCUAUCUCCAGCAGCUCCAUAUCACCAAAUAUCCAAGAAAAUUGAAGCUGCAAGCGAUGGCCUUUCAAUAAAGAUACGAGGCGAUGAAACUCUGGAACAGCUAUUGUCUAUUAUAUGCGAAAGUCACGAACUAGCUGAUAUGCACCUACGCGUAGAUGAACGCAGCAUUAUCCAAGCUGUAUUGGGCUGUUUGCCCAUUCCUGAUCCAUCCUUGAACCAAGAAGCAAUGAAGAUUAUGAGAAUCGCCGCAAGAAUUUGCAAAUGUAAUGACCAACAUCACAAUAUGUACCUAUUUAGUUCAUUAGGGGGCGUCCAUAAAUUAUGUGAGGUGUUUUUUUAAAUUUUCUGUCCCUCCCUCCCCCUCUGGUGAGAUAUCGUGAGAUUUUAUUCAACCCCCUCCCCCAUCCCCCAAUCUCACGUGAGAUUUUUCAAAAUGCAAUUUGAUGAGUACUUGCGAGUAUUUGCCUUGUUGUAGUAUGGAGUACCCAGUAUCGAGUAUCGCUUUUGAAAGUAUCGAUACCUACUCGGUAUCGAAAGUAUCGUUCGAGCCCUACAAAUAUGGUGGUUUGACAUUCAGUCGAUGUAUAGCGUCGAAAUAUGAAUGAAAUUAUUUUCUUUCGAACGAAUUAGUGAAUGAUCUUAAGAUUAAAUCUUAAGCAUGUACAAUCUAGAUUAAAUGGACCAAAAUAGUAUUUUUUUUUGUUUCAAUCAGAAAAAAAUUGCGUGAUAUUUGCCGAGACCCCCCCUCUCUCCAACGUAAGAUUGGAUGAGAUUUGCCUCGACCCCCUCCCCCCCUUAAACAUCUCACGUAAUUUAUGGACGCCCCCUUAUUAAGUUUAAAUUUACUUAUCAUAGAUGAGAGGGGAUCGGGCAGCAAUUAAGUAAAAAAAUAAAUUGUAUGUGGUUAAGAAGUUCAUAAAAUUUAAAAAAAUAUUCGAUGAAUAUUUUUGCUAAGUAACAAUUAUUUUCAAAUCAAUUAACAAAAAUAUAAUUUUCCAAUAUUUGUAGUCUUUGUCUCACGUCAAAUGUAAACACCAAUCAGAGUGCGUGACGUCAUUUGAGUGAAUUGGUAGUAAACCUAUCUAGGAAAAACGCGGGAAACAUUCAAAGUGUAAAAUAAUCUAGUUAUUUGAUUUUUAAAAGGUUACAAGGGUCAGAUUACUGUUUUAUUUAUUUUGUGAGUUUAUAAGUACUGCAGGUGACUAUUCAUUUUUUUCACUAAAAACCCUUUUCUUUACCCCACAAAUGAUGUCACUUCUUCCGUCGCCGUUUUUGCGGUUUUUUAACAGUUAAAUUUCAGAUAUAGGUUUGGGUACAUAAUAAGGCUUAUUUACAUAAUAUACUAUAUUUUUGUGGAAAAAGCGGCCCUAAUAAUUAAUUUAAAACACUUUAGUAAGUUGACCGGUCCCAUAUUAUAAGUAAUAGUGAUCUACCCCAUACAGCCUAUUUAUGACCUCAUUGCUGGGGAACAGCCUUUCCUAUGCAUGGAAUCGAAUCGAAGAACCCACCACGCGGGCCCAAUGUGGAUUGGCUGGGGCCAACGGCUUAACGUGUUUCUGAAGCACGGAUAAUUGGUCACCCAUUCUAUGACCGACUUCCGUAUUGCCGACCAAGCAAAAUAACCAUCGCGCCGUCAAACUCCACAUAUCAAGGAUUUAGUUUAUUUUUCAACUCAGGUCUCGUGGCUUACGUCACACGUCAUGAGCUGAUAUCGGAACAUAGACAAUUCUUCUCAACUGUACUUAAUUCUAUAACACUCGCUAAAUGUGUUGAAGCCCAUUUAUGGGAUAACUCGCCGUAUGUGAGCAAACAGCUGAAAGGUAUUGGACCAACAUUUAGUAUGCUCCUAGCGUCCGCGGGGAAAGUUAAUUUUUUCCUGUUGGAAGAGAGUCAUCCAAGGGACUUGGAGAGAAAUUUAAUGCCUAUGGUUUUGGACCCUCCGUCAAUCUAUUGCAAGAAUAAGGACAUAGUACAAAAAGUGACAGAGACUAAUAAAUCAAAUAUAAAAGAACGAAAACGAAAAAAUUACUCUGAUGAAUUAAUAGAGUCUAAAGAAAAGAAGAAACGGGAAAGUGCUAAAGCAGAAAAAUAUAGAUUACUGAAAGAAUCCUAUGAAAAAACUCCGAAAGAAAUAGAAUACGAGGAGAAAUCGAAAAUUUUACACAAUACUCCAGAUAAAAUUGUCACAACCAAUGUACCUAAUUUAGUCAAUAGAAUUUCAGUAAACGAAGAUACUUAUAACGAGCCCUUUGAUGAUCUUACAUAUCUCGAAAGUAAUAUAAAAGAUUUUGACACAGAAAGUGUCGAAAAUAAAAAAAUUGAUAGCAUACUUAAUGAAAUCGAAAAUGAAAUGAAAUUUAUUAAUCAAGGGGCUCUUAGAGGUGUUAAAAAAGGAACAUCAUCGAGAAAUAACAAACAGACUACAAUGAACCCUUACAAAAAUAAACAAGGGCAUAAUUUCAUAGACUUGCUCGAAAAAAACAUAGAAUUUAGUGAAGAUGAUGAAAUGCAAGAAAAGGAAAAUGGAUUUUCUGAGGCUAUCAAAAAGCAAGUAGAUAAAUAUUUACAAUCUCGUUAUGACCCAGUAGUUUCAGAUCCCUUGCUAGCAGAUAUUGUCAAUGAACAUGACUUUGAAACAUCACAAAGUCCUGAGAGCAAACUGAAAUCUCAUGAUAAAAGUACUGAGCGUGGUAAUGUAGAAAACAUUAUAGACACAAUAAAUCCAGUAACUGAAAACCAAACUGUGACCAACAUAUCUGCUGCUGUAAACAAGAAUAAUGUUGAAGAAUUAGUUUGUAACAAAGCUGUAACAGAAAAAACAGCUGAAAAAGUUUUAGACGAAAUUCAUACCGAGCAAUUAACAAAUGAAAAAUUCUUGAAUCGCCAAGAAGAACAAUAUAGUCGAGUAGAGCUAAAUAAUAAUCAACAAGGAAAAUUUGUUUCCCAUAACAAAAAGAUUCAAUUAACUCAAAAUAAUAACUCAAACUAUUUAGCUCUUCUUGAAGGGAAAAAUUAUAGCACAUCUUAUAACAUCGAUGAUAACUAUAAUGAGACUGAGGAAUACAAAAGAGCAAACGUUACAGAUGAUACUAUAAAAUCAAAGAACAAUAAAAAUGAUCAUGAGGCUAAUAACCAUCAUAAUAUUUUACUAAAGGCGGCUAUUACUAAUGACGUCGAUGAGAUAAAAUAUGAUAAAGCCAAUUCAUUACAAAGUUCACCACUAUCUAAAAUUAGUAAAUAUGAACAUAACGCGCACUUUAGUAGCUCUUCACACAAUCAACCAAGGAAGAAACAGGAAAAUAAAUAUAAAUUUUCAACAGAAAAAAUUGAUAUACGGUCAAAAUUCAGUAACGAAAACGAAAUUCAUAUUAUAAGAAAAUUAAGGAUAGAUAUCGGUAUUACAGAAACCAUUUUAGAAAAUAAAGUUCCGUCUGAUUGUAGCGCACCUCUCAAUCAAGAAAAUGUGUAUGAAAAAAAUAAGGUUAAAAAUAAAUCACUAAUACCUAUUGAAUAUAAUGCCAAUAGAGAACAAUUAAAUGAUUUUGAACAAGAUAAAAAUAAUGAUGUACAAGAACGAAACAUAAUAAAUGAGAACGUCGAAAAUAUUCAAUAUUAUAAACAUGAUACGAUAACUGACAAUAUCAAAACAAAUAAAAAGGAAACAGCGAUGGAUGGUAAGACUACCGUUGAUUAUAAUAAAUUAAAUAAUUGCAUGAACACAAAUACAAAUAUAGAACGCGUUAUAAAUAAAUAUAGCAAAGCACAUUUGAAUCAAGAAAAUGCAUAUGAAAAUAAUAAACCAUUAAUACCUAUUGAUUAUAACGCUAGUGUAUAUGAUAUAAAUAAUGGUACACAUGGACGAAAUAUAACAAAUGAGAAUAACUUCAAAAAUACUGAAAAUAAUAUACACGACAACAUAACUGAUAAUAGUAAAACAAUUAAAGAGGAAAGGGUAAUGGAUGGUAUUACUACCAAUAAUAAUAAUAAUGAACCAAACAAUAGCAUGAACACAAAAACUAAUAUAGAAAGCGUUUUAAAGAAAUACAGCAAAGUGUUUAGCAAUAGAUAUAAAAAUGUGAGGACUCCAAGUGUACAAAAUUUAAAUUACAAACAAUCAAAACCAAUGAAACCAAAUAAACCUUUCAAAAUUACUGAUAUACAAAAUUUGAAUAUCCAGUUGGAUAAUUUAUGCGACUCUCCGAAAUCUACAAAUACCAUAGCAAAGUCGGAAAUAGACAAACUAACUAUCACCAAUAAAAAUACACUAGAAGUUAAAAAAGAAAAACCGAAUCAACUUUUUACAAUGACUGAAAUUGAAAAUCGAAAUGUUCCAAAGAAUAAUUUCUAUGAGUCUUUGAAGUCUACGAGUUAUACAACCAUAGGUGAAAUAGAAAAAGAAGAAAUUCAAGAUCGAAUUGCUGCAAAACCUUUUGAAGAAGAUGAAUUUGAAGAAGACACGAUUAAUGAUAAUAUUUUAUCUCUUCAGUGUACUACACUAAAUGAAGUUGAUGAUUUAAAAGAAGAAUUCGAUGUAGACCACGCCAUGUUGAAUCCUAAAACGUUACUCAAAUGUUAUGACAGGAACGAUUAUUAUAACACGGAUAUUAUUCCCCCUCCACCUGAAUUUUCUGAUAACACGUACUCCCCCAAACUUGAUGAUUAUUUGGCUAAUAAUUGCUUUCAAGAAAACCUAUUACACAUUAAAAGUGAUUGUAUAGGACCACAACACGAUUUUAGUAAAAAUGAGCUUAAUGAGCAUAAAACAGAUUCAAUGUAUAAAGAAACUGAAACAUGGACUUUGGAUAACGAUGAUGAUGUUACUGAAGAUGAUUAUUUCAGUUGGAAUCAUAUACAUGAUUAUAAUAAUGGUAAUAAUAUAGAACGUUAUGUAUAUCCAAAUACGGUAUCUCUAAAACAAAGACAUGGAAAGUUACAUCAAUUUAAAUUUCAUCGUAAAAAUAAAUACAAUCCAAAACUCUAG